CAAAAAUUGUUACCUUCGAUCUCUUGCCUUUAGGGUUAUAAGCUGUUUUGAAUUUCAAGAACACAAAUCACCAAAAGCUGGAAAGAUUUAGAGGGAAUGAGACGCAAAUCUGGAUUUGAUUCUGUAAAGAGUUGAUGGGAAAUCGCUGUGCUAGAACUCCUUCUUGUAGAAAGUUAUGGUCACGUAUAUGCUGCUGCUGCAGCAACAUCAACAACACCAACGGUCAAGCCAGAAGCAAACAUGGUUCCAAAGGAAUGGUCUAUCCUGUAACCAGGAUCGAAAUAUGGGAAGAAAAGGUCACAGAAGCUAAAAACAAUGGCAAGAUUCUUGUGGUGAAUUUCAACGCUUCAUGGUGUGUACCUUGUAAAAAGUUAGAACCAAUCUUCAGAGAACUUGCUUCUAGAUACCCUUCAAUGAUAUUUGUAACCAUUGAUGUUGAAGAGCUCGCUGAGUUUAGUAAUGAAUGGAAUGUGGAAGCUACACCAACAGUGGUGUUCCUUAAAGAUGGGAGACAAAUGGAUAAACUCGUUGGUGCUGAAACAUCAGAACUUCAGAAGAAAACAGCUGCAGCUGCAGAUCUCUAACUCAGAAAACCAUAUUCUCUUAACAACAGAAACAGAGCAGAGUUAGGUUUUUUCCAUUGUCUGUCAGAAAUUUGUUCAGAUAAACUUAACUGGCGGAUGAAGUAAGUAUAAUGAAACUUCAUCUACUCCUCUUUCUAUAAUUUUACCAAAUGGUUACAGUAUUGCCAACAAACAGUAAACAAGUUUCUUCUUGUAUAUUUUUGUUUAAAUUAUUUUAAAAUUUUAUGUAUGUAGUUUAUUAUUUUACUAGUAUUACAGCCCGGCUAGGCCCGGUCUAAUUAACUUUUUUAUAAAUUAUUUAAACAUUGUCAUAAUUUUUAAUCAGAAGAAACUUUCUACAAAAAUAUUAUAUGAACAAUGGCACAUAAUAUAUUAGAAGUGUUGCAGUAAAAUAAAGCAGUUGAAAAAGUACAACAAUAAUUCAUAUUAUUAUAAGAUGGUACAUGCUUGUAGGAUUUUUCAAAAAUAAAUAAAAUAUAAAAUAUAGUUAAAUACUUUACUUGAUCCAUUAACUUAUUCAAUGAUUUCUUUCAGAAUAACAAAAGCUUAAUGUAUCUUAAUAUAUAUUAAUUUUGUUUUGGUGAAUCAAAUAAAUUUACUAUUAUAUUUUUUUACAGUUUAAAAUGUGGAUUUCAUUGACAUUUUAUUUACUUUACCUAACAUUUUUUUGAAAAGCACACAUUCAAAACAAAAUUAACCCACAUUGCUUAUUUGUAGUUUGUUGAAUUUAUAAGAUUAAAAUUUACAACUUUAGUUUGCUUUUUAUAAAAUUAUAGUGAACUGUUAUGUCUUGAUGAAAAAUUGCCAUAGUCGACCUUGCAAAAAUGUUAUUGUCGAACUCAAUUGCUGUUAUGACUACUGAAAAAUUAUUGUUUUCAAGUUUCAGCAAAGGAAACAUUAACCAAUAAAUCUAAAUUUGGGAAGGAAAAAUAGUAAAAAGUGGAAAACAUGCAAACCUUAUUCGUGAGGCCAAAGCUUGAGAUUUGUUCCUUUAGUAAAGUGGAAGAUCACUGCGUGAGUAUAGUUUUAUAAGCUUUGCUCGAGAAUAAUUUUGUUUAUGAUCCACCCCAUCUCUCCAAUCUGUGACCUUCAUGAUCUGUUUUAAUUGAUAAAGGAAGCUUCAAAGUUAGCUAUACUGUAAUGAUCUAAAAUCAUCAUCAGUCUCAAUUUCUUCAGAAAUGACCAUACCAGUAUCAAUUUUUUCCUAAUGUGAUUUAAAACUCCACUGCCACAAUCCACUUGAUGCUUUGAAAUUGGUUCAAAGACAACUUUAUUCAACCCUUGCUAUCUAAAACCUUGUCUUGAUGAACUUUACAGUAAAAGUCCAGAAAAUGAAUAACAAAAGUUUUGAACUGGUGCA